GCAGCCCUGCCACAGAUUUUGGUAAAGAAUGUAUCGCACAUUUGCUAAUCUGGUAAACUGUGGAGUUUAAGUUUCACCGCACACACUCUGUCUCACCUCACACGGUGUGUGGCGGGGUGGGUUUGUUCACGUCCCUGCCGGAACCUCCAACGGUUCCAGUUUCCAGUGAGACGUAUUUUUCAGUUGCACACGACAAUCGCAUUGAAGAAGCUUUGAUGGAGAAUGUUGGACAGUUUAUUGACAGUAUGGGAUAAAUGUCCUGCGAUGCGGCUCUGCAGUAAAAAUAUCACACCGUCGAAAGUUUAGUUCUGGAUAUAAGAGCUCAAAAACAAGCCGUGUUUAUUUAGCAGUCGCUGUUAUCCGCGCUUUCAUCGACACGGAUGGGUCAGGCUGUGUCCCAAAUCGCUCCUGACGUCCUACAUAGUGCGCACUAACUGAGGUGAUGAAUUACCGGCUUCCCUACGCAAAUAGUGCACUAUGUUUCACGAAGAGAGGCAUUUGGGAUUGAGCCCGAGUUCGUAUUCGAUGUUGAAUUUCAUAUUUGAUGCUUAAAAUUCAUAUUACACUCUAAACGUUCUAGCUAGCCAGAUAGAACCGAAUACUAGAGUCAUACUAGAACCUGAAAUUAAAGUUAGACGGGGUUGGCAGCGAGCUAUCAACUGAAGUUAGCUGUUAGCAGCCUCUGCUAAAAACAUUAGUGAGGCUAAAAGGCGACAGAAGUGGCAGGAAUGGAUCUGGCUCGCGUCCUCCGUGAUCUCAAUCUCACUGAAGGGUCCGAGAGGAAUAACGGAGCCUCUGCUUGUUCGGUUAACCGGGUUUUGUCUGAAAUCCACCGGCGCUUUGUGGCCGAAGACUCGGCAAAGCGGAGCCUCCUGAAGAGCGCGGCGGAGCUGCUGAGCAGCGGGGAAGUGUGCUGGCUCUUCCCGGAGUCUAGCUCGGAUCUGCGGGCAGCCUAUGUUGAGCUGGUCAGCAGCUUCACCGAAUACGCCGCUUUACCGGUGUGUGACACCGACAGCGGCACUUUGCCUUCCAGCAGCUACGAGCACAUUCCUGCCAAAGCCGAGGCCGUUGGCGCAGCUUUGCUGGCGCUGACCGAGCAGCUUCGAGGAGCCGUUAGGUCCAGCGAUUCAGCGGUUUCAGGGUCAGCCAGGUCACUCAUCCGCACACUUGGGCCCUCACUUUGUGUCUUCUCCUUUACACACCUGCAAGACCUGCCGUGGACCAACGAGGCGUCCAGAAAAUGUGCGUUGGAGCUGCUGAACUCCACUGCCACAGCCACAAGCAGUGGGUCAGUACUGGAGCUACUGUGUGGCAAGGAUGAAGGUGACCAACGAGGGAUGCUGGGCCCAGUUCUGGACACACUGCAGCCAGAGUUGACAAAGGAAAACUGGAAACGCAACGAGGCAGUGAAGCAUGUGUUCUCUUGGGUCCUGGUGCAGGUUGGACGUCCCUGGUUAGCUGACUAUUUGGAGAAGGUCUUUCCUCCUUCUCUGCUCAUAUCAGACGAUUACCGGACAGAGAAUAAAGUACUGGGAGUGCACUGCCUCCAUCACAUCGUACUUAACGUGCCUGCUGCUGACCUUCGGCAGUUCAACCGAGCUCAGGUGCUCUACCAUGCCCUCUUUAAUCACCUGUACACAUCUGAAGCUCCGCUUAUACAGGUAGUUCUGCCUUGUCUUAUAGAUUUGAUGGCAGUCCUUGAGAAGCCCCUUGUCCACCCAGGAUUACCACGGAAGCCAAGCCGCUUUGACGAUGUUCUUCGUCUCAUUUUAACACACAUGGAAAUGGAACACAAGCUGGUCUUGCGCCGAAUCUACACCAGCAACCUCCUUCUGUUCAUUGAAAAGAUGGGCAUAGGAAUCGCUCGACAUCUGAAGAGGCUGGAGAGAGUGAUUGUGGGAUAUCUGGAGGUGUCUGACGGUCCAGAAGAGAAAGCUAGGCUGAUCAUACUUGAGGUUCUGGAGAAGACCAUACAGACCGCCUGGCCAAGAAUGGAGUGCAGGAUGGAUGUGCUUGCUAAGAGUUUGCUGAGGUUCCUUGUCGACAUUUCAUCAGAGUCACUGGCUCCUGAGCUCAGGGACCAGCUUCUGACCAGAGCCUCCCGCUGCCUGCUGCUGCUGGACCACUGCUCACAUGGAAGACUGCGGGUUCUGCUGAAGGAGGUGGACAAGAGCUGUGUUUCUGAAAGUGUGCUGAAGUGCUUAGAAAGCCUUACAGCACCCCAGGAUAUGUGAGCUGAGUGCUAGCUGAGCUUCUGCUGAGCCCCUCUCAGUGUAAAUGGAUCCUGUGGAUCUACAAUCUUGGAGUUUUGCUGUGCUGAAUUCUGUGAGGUGGCCUAAAAGGACAUUUGAGAAGGGCCUGAACUACACCUGCUUGUUUUUUAUGUCAUUGAGUUAAAAUAUCAAACUAUUCUGUAAUAUUUUUAUAUACCCACCUGGUGCCAGACUAUGAAUAAAUGAAAUGAAGCCUUUGUUAUUAGUAGCCGUCUUAACUGUUCAGAGGAUGAGUUCAACUUUGAAUACUACAGGUUUUAAUAGUACUUGCUUAUGUACUG